AUGGAAUGGGAGAGAUGGAGGCAAGAACUCAUGAUCCUGGCUGGCCUAGAAAUACCAAGAUGCUACAAGCCUGAAAAUGUUGGUGAAGUCAAGACAGUCGAGUUGCAUCAUUUUUCCGAUGCUAGUUUGGUCGGAAAUGGGCAAUGCAGCUACCUUCGGAUGAUCGAUGAAAACAACAAUGUCGACACUGCCUUGGUCAUGGCCAAAUCCAGAGUCGUUCCGUCAAAGCCCAUUACAGUUCCAAGGCUCGAGCUUACUGCCGCAGUAACAUCUGUCAAAAUUAGCAAGUUCCUGAGGCGAGAGCUGCAAUAUGAAGACCUUACAGAAGUAUUUUGGACUGAUAGUAUGGUUGUCUUGGGAUACAUCGCAAAUGACGCCAAGCGCUUUCAUAUAUAUGUAGCAAAUCGAGUACAGAAGAUCAGGGACAAUACAGCUGUGGAGCAAUGGAGGCACAUCGCAACCGACAACAACCCAGCCGACCUCACAUCUCGAGGAGCAAACGCCAGAGAGUUGAUCGACAGCCAGCUGUGGUGGAAAGGGCCAGCCUUCCUUUCCACUUUGAAGCCACUCAGUCCUUGCAAGAUUGACAACCUUGGUGAAGGGGAUCCAGAGAUCAAGAAGAUGACAACCCUGGCAACUGGAGCUGUAAUUGAAGCUGACAUAGGCCUACUCCCAAGAUUGCAGCGAUUCUCAAGUUGGUACAAGGCUAAAAGAGCUGUCGCUGUCUGCCUGAAGUUCAAGGAGAGGUUGCUUAAUCGGACAGCAAGGUUUUCUACAUACAAGCCAGUGACAGCUGAAGAAAUCUCUCAAGCUGAGAUGUUGAUCCUUAAGACAGUCCAAGCUGAGGCUUACUCUGAAGAAAUGCCCAUUCUUCGAGGAAUUAAGGCUGUAGACGACAAUGCUGACCAGAAGGGGUCCACAAACCGAGACAGUUGCAGGAGGCGAGACUUAGUUCUGAAGAAAAGCAGCAGCUUGUACAGACUUGAUCCUUAUCUGGAUGAAAAUGACAUCAUCAGAGUCGGUGGACGGAUCAGAAGAGCUAACGUUCCGAGUUGA